AUUCUAUCAUCCUUAUCCUUCUUCUUCUUCGUUUUCCUUCUGCACUCUCUCUCUCUCAAUUCACAGUAGUAACAACAACACGGUGUUCAAUUUCCUAUUGCUUCGUCAAUUUCGAUAGCAAGGGUGUAAAUUUCCGUGUCUAUUGAUCGAUUACUUUUUUCUGUGCUGUGCGAGGUGAUCAACAAUGGCGUCGAUAUGCCCGCCGACGUUCCCGUCGCCGCGCACGGAUCCUAUUCAUCGGGAUUUGAACUUUUUUCAAUGGAGAUUCAACUCCUCCACGCUCAGGAAAAAAUUGCAAUCGGGAGUUUCUCUGUCUAGGGUUCCCGAAUCCCCUUUCUGCUGCCGUUGCAACGAUAGGGGAAGUGGCGGCGGGGAUGGCUCCGAUUCAGGCGCUGAGGACGCGUGGCGGUGGGACUUUGGUAUUCAGGAGACUGUUAGAAAUGCGAUUAAGCGUUUUGAUGGUUACUUGAGCUCGUUGAGGGAUCAAAGGGCGGAUGGGACGCUGGUUGUGGCGGAGAAGUGGGGGGAUGGAGAGGAGGAGUGGGAUUGGGAGAGGUGGAGGAAACAUUUCGUCGAGGUUGAUGAGCAGGAGCGCAUUGUGUCGAUUUUGAAGUCUCAGUUAGCUGCUGCAAUUCAAAGGGAGGAUUAUGGAGAGGCUGCUAGGAUAAAGGUGGCAAUUGCAGCUGCUGCUAGGAGCGACACUGUUGGCCGGGUGAUGUCCCAUCUAAAGAAAUCUGUGGAGGAAGAGCGAUAUGGAGAUGCAGCUCUUAUACGUGAUCAUGCAGGGGCUGGUUUGGUUGGAUGGUGGGCUGGAACUUCAGAUGAUACUAAUGAUCCUUAUGGUCGCAUUAUACAUAUAAGCGCUGAGUAUGGAAGAUACAUUGCUAGAAGUUAUAGUCCUAGGCAGUUGGCAACAGCUUCGGUCGGUGCUCCCGUGUUUGAAGUGUACCUAAGAGACAAUAAAGAAGGUGAUUAUAAGCAGCAGGCUGUUUACUUAAAGCGCAAAGGAACUACGGAAGAUGUUUACGUUCCAUCCUUCAAGUCAUCAGGGGGUUCCAGGAGCCUGGACUCUCUUGAUGCAAGAGAUAACAAAAGCAAGCUAUUCGAAAGAAGUUCUGAAGAUACAGAAGAUGGUGAGGAUAGGGAUGAUGAUAUUGGUUUUGAUAAUAUCCUGCAAGACAUGAUUCCUGGUGUGAAAGUCAAGGUUGUGAAAGUAACAGCACCGGAGAAGGUCGACAGGGAUAUAAUAUCUAAGGUGAUCGAACAAAUAAUAGAUGAAGAAGAUGAAGAAAAGGACUAUGACAUAGAAAAUGUGGAUGUUGACACUGAGAUUAAAAGUGAAAAUGAGGAUGAGCACAGUGACACUGAUAUUAAAAAUGAAAAUGAUGAUGAGCACAGUGACACUGAUCUGGAUUCUGGCAGCGAUAUAGCUGACGAAGAUGACCAACAUCAAAUUUCACUUCAGGUCGUUGUUGGUGAUGGUUUUCUCCAGAAAUUGUCUCGUGGUGCCCAUGCUAAAGACUUGCUUCGUGUUCCAGCAAGGCUAGAGAAAAAGGGUCGGAUGACAUUUACAUUUACAGUGGAGGAAGAUGUUAAUGAGCUCCAACCUGGUGGAGAUGGACAGUCUGCAAAAAACAAAAGAUCUAAACUGCCAGGCCAGCGUAGCAUCGACAAUCUUAUGCUUGAUUUCGUUAAAUCCAUUGGCAAAGGGAAGAUUCCCAUGAAGGUUCUUCGAGAUGUAGGUGAACUAAUAAACCUUACACUCAAUCAAGCUCGAAACAGUCAGCCACUCUCUGGGUCCACCACAUUUAGUCGCAUUGAUGUUUCUUCGUCUUCAGAUCCACUAAAUGGUUUAUACAUUGGUGCGCAUGGGCUCUACAGUUCAGAAGUUAUUCAUAUGAGACGGAGAUUUGGCCAGUGGAAUGAGGAUGGGAACACAAAGAAACCUUCGAAAAUUGAAUUUUAUGAGUAUGUUGAAGCUGUUAAAUUAACUGGAGAUGCUUAUGUUCCAGCUGGCCAGGUUGCGUUUCGUGCAAAAGUAGGGAAAAAGUAUCAGCUUCCUCAUAAAGGGAUUAUCCCUGAAGAAUUUGGGGUGAUUGCUCGAUAUAGAGGUCAAGGAAGGUUGGCCGAGUCUGGAUUUCAGAAUCCUCGAUGGGUUGAUGGUGAACUUGUUAUAUUGGAUGGAAAGUAUAUCAAAGGAGGCCCCGUUGUUGGUUUUGUUUACUGGGCUCCUGAAUACCACUUCUUGGUAUUCUUCAAUCGACUCAGGCUGAUGGAUUGAGUACCUGAAACAUGGAAUUUGAGCUGUAACUAAACAGAUAAUUGUAUGACUCACUUUCCUUUCUGGUACUUGUGCAAUUGAGGUGGCAGUUAUGGCCCGAGCCCUCUCUCUUCAUACUCGUGGGAAGUUUGAGAAGACGAGUAAUCAGAACAAAUCCUUGUAGCUGGCCCCUUUCCCGGUUAGCUAUGUGAACCAUUGCGGUAGUCGACUUGACAUUAACCGUGAUUUUUUGAGUUAUAAUGUUUACUGGAUAACAGGCUGAUCUAACUUAUGCCUAGCCUGUCCUCAGAAUGUAUAUAUCACUUGGCUCCAUUAUGUAUAUAUCUAUUGCCAUUUGGUAAACAAGUUCAGCAUCCAAUGUUGCAUGGGAAUAAUAUUGCUUUGGAUUUUCCUAUAGGUUCAUAGUUUCACAGAGCAGUUUUAUUUUGUAAUCUGUGUAAACACAGUUAAUUUAUGUCAUAAUUUUGUUAUGUUCUCAUGUA